AUGAACGCAGCAGAGGUGCUGUCCAAUACGCUGUCGCCGGACGCCUCGGUCCGAGCGGCUGCGGAAAAGUCACUCGAGGAUGCCUCCCGCGACAACUUCCCCGCGUACAUGGACAUGCUGGCCAAUGAAAUGGCAAAUGAUGCGACCCAAGUCACCCUCCGAGUCGCAGCCGCCCUCGCCGUCAAGAAUGCCCUUACAGCUCGCGAAAGCUUCCGUCAAGACGAGUUCAGUCAGAGAUGGCUUGGUCUCCCAGAAGACGCUCGCAACAACACCAAGUCAAAGGCACUCUCAACAUUGGGCACCGCGAAUGAGGGGGUGGGGAGGAACUCGGCUCAGCUCGUCGCCGCAAUUGCCGCCAUCGAGUUGCCCGUUGGAGGUUGGAAGGAGCUCAUCGGCCAAUUGCUAGGAGCGAUCAGGGAUCAGACGAACGAGAGAUUGAGGCAAUCGGCCUUGCAGGCAAUUGGCUUCGUCUGCGAAACAGUCAAAUCUAACGUCCUCACCGCUCAAUCAAACGAAAUCCUCACAGCAGUCGUCCAUGGUGCACGCAAGGAGGAGCCCUCACCCGCCGUGCAACUCGCAGCCAUCCAAGCCCUUCUCAACUCGCUCGAAUUCGUCGCAGAGAACUUUGAGAGGGAAGGAGAGCGCAACUACAUCAUGCAAGUCGUUUGUGAAGCCACUCAAAGCUCAGACGUCAACGUCAAGGUCUCGGCUUACGAGUGUCUCGUCAAGAUCAUGCAGCUCUACUACCACCAGAUGCGCUACUAUAUGGAGCAAGCCCUCUUCGGCUUGACGGUCCUUGGCAUGAGGGAUCCGGAGCAGCGUGUGGCCCUGCAAGCCGUCGAAUUCUGGUCAACAGUGUGCGAGGAGGAGAUCGAGCUGGCCAUCGAGGCGGCAGAGUACACCGAAUUCGGCGAGGAGCCCUACCGCCAAUGCUACAACUUUGCGCGCAUCGCCCUGGGCGAGAUCUCACCCGUCCUCAUGGAUCUGCUCAAGGUACAAGACGAAAACGACGAUGAAGACGACUGGAAUGUAGCAAAGGCAGCGGGAACCUGCAUCGGACUUCUCGCCAACUGCGUGCAAGACGACAUCGUGCCCAUUGCCAUCCCCUUUAUCGAGCAGAACAUCAAGAGCGCUGAUUGGCAAAGUCGCGACGCCGCAGUCCUCUGCUUCGGCUCGGUCCUCGAUGGGCCCGAUGCCACCAAACUCACGCCGCUCGUUGAGCAGGCUCUGCCCACCGUCAUCACCAUGCUUCAAGACAGCAGCGUCGCAGUCAAGGACAGUGCUGCAUGGACUCUUGGCCGUAUCACCGAUCUCCUGGCAAAGACCAUCUCGACCGAGACACACCUCAACAGCCUCGUCUCUGCCCUCGUCACCAGCCUGCAAGACGAGGCUCGCAUCUCGUGCAAUUGCUCGUGGGCUCUGACUCGCCUGGUGAGCGAAUUCGGCGGUCGCUCCAUCAUCGCAGAAGAGCAGGCCAACCCGCCGGAGCGAGCAGACGAUGGCUUCCUGCAGGCGGCGCCCAUCUCCCCCUUCUUCGAGGGCAUCACAACGGCUUUGCUGCAGAUCGCGUCGCGCCCGACCAACGAGAGCAACUCGCGUAGUGCAGCCUUUGAAGCCAUCGGCGCCGCUGUAGACCAGGCGCCGAGGGACUGCCUGACCCACGUGAGCAACAUCGUUCUACAGCUGCUUGAGCGUCAGGAGGGACUGAAUGGUAUGGCGGAUCAGCUCGUGGGGAUGGACGACAUCAACAACUGGGUAGAGAUGCAGGCCUCCAUCUCCGGUGUCGUAAGCGCUGCGCUGCGUCGUCUGGGCAAGGAAAUUCUCCCACUUGGCGACCGCAUCAUGACAAAUCUCCUCACCCUCAUCCAGCAUGGCACCAAGCUCCCCGCUGUGCUCGAAGACGCCUUCCUGGCCGUUGGAUCCGUGGUGCAGGCCUUUGAGGGCGACUUUGAAAAGUACCUCGACGCCUUCCUGCCUUUCCUGGUCUCGGCCAUCGGCAACCACGAGGCAACGCAGCUCUGCUCCGUAGCUGUGGGCGUGGUGGGCGACUUGAGCAACGGUCUGGGCGAGGGUAUCGCAAAGCACGCGCAGCAGCUCAUGACUGCCCUCUUCGAGGGUCUGCAGAGCAGCACGAUCCAUCGCGAUGUGAAACCGACAAUUCUGCGCACUUUCGGUGACGUCGCCCUCGCCACCGGCGCGCAGUUCGAGCCCUACUUGGGCACGACGAUGGCUGUUCUUGGCCAAGCUGGCUCAACAACUGCUCCGCAAGACGACUACGCCAUGAUCGACUACGUCAACUAUCUCCGCGAGGCAGUCGCCGAGGCCUUCGUUGGCGUGGUUGCCGGCCUCAAGAGUGGCAACAGGACCGACCUCCUCCAGCCGUACGUGGAGCUCAUGCUCGGCUUCCUCAGCUAUGUCUCGCAGUACAACGUUGAGCGAACAGAGGCACUCCUGCGUGCUUCUCUGGGCUUGUUGGGUGAUGUGGCGUCAACUUUCCCAGGAGGCCAACUGAAGGGGGCCUUGGAGCAGCCGGCGAUGGCCGAAUUGAUCAAGGCGGGGAGAAGCAGAUCCUGCGAGAUCGAGACGAGGAAGUUGGCGGCGUACGCGAGGGAGGAGGUCAAGAAGGCGACCGUGGCAGCGGCCUGA